UUAUAUACUCGCAUACACGUACAGUAUUCAUACGCUAUAGAAAAUUUCUUAUUGCUGAAGAUGAUCUUCUUGCUUUUUAUUUGCGGUGUUUUGAUGUUCCUUAAGAACUUUUUUCGACAUUUCUUCAGAUGAUGAUAUUUUUCUUGGUUCUUUUUUUGCGAUAACUUUUGACUUUCUGGUUCUCCUCUAAUAUUUACCUGUAAUUUUCAUUUCAUUUACUGUUAUUAAUUUCCUAGGUCAAAUGUGCUAUAAAUAGAUUAAAUAACUUCAAUUCGAUUCCUGCAGCAAUUAACGAAGUUGAGAGCAAUCAGCAAGCACGAUUAGAUCUGAAAGUGGUGAGCAACAACAUCGGAAGUUGUUGAAUGUAUCCAGUCAAACAGUUAGUCGCACGAGUGGGCUUUUGUCAUCUGAAAUGGGUAGUUCGAAUAUCAAGAGAAGGAGAGAGAAAUUGUUGGAAGAAGCAAGAGAGAGUGUGCCUGAACCUGGGUCUAGAAGAGUGAUGCACUUGGUCAACUUCAUCGGAACCGUGAGCUUGAAGACUCGAAAAACAGAGAUCGUGUUACGCGAUGAGUCCGCUAGUGAAGUUCAAUUCGAGUUUGAAGAGUUUAGGACUGAGGUCACCGCUCUCUUCCUCGCUGCACAUGCCGGAAAUGUGACGCUCCUCAGGAAAUUACUGUGUUGGAGCUAAUGUGAACCAGAAACUGUUCCGGGGCUAUGCGAUGACAGCAGCAGUAAGGGAGAGCCAUAUUGAGAUAUUGGAGAUACUCGUGAAUGGUGGGGCAACUCAGCCAGCGUGUGAGGAAGCUCUUUUGGAAGCAAGCUAUGUGGGGCAAGGCAGGCCUGCUGAGCUUCUCAUGGGCCCCAGCAUGAUUUGCUCUCAUGUAGCUGUUCACGCUUUUGUCACAGCAUCAUGUAGAGGCUUUGUUGAUGUGGUCGACACACUCAUCAAGUGUGGAGUGGAUCCCAAUGCAAAUGCUCGGGUGCUACUUAGGUCUUCCAAACCAUCUCUACAUACCAAUGUUGACUGUAAUGCACUUGUUGCUGCCAUUGUCGGUAGGCAGAUCUCUAUUGUCAGACUGCUGCCACAGUCUGGUGUUAGUAUGAACAUCAAAGUGAGGCUCGGAGCUUGGGCAUGGGACAUGGCUACAGGAGAAGAAUUUAAGGUAGGAGCAGGGUUAGCUGAGCCUUACUGUGUUACUUGGUGUGCUGUGGAGUACUUUGAAGCUAGUGGUUCUAUCUUACGCACACUCCUCCAACACCUCUCCCCUAACCUCCCUCAUCUUGGGAGAACCGUCAUCCACCAUGCCAUCUUAUGUAACAAUGCAAGGGCAAUGGAUGUUCUUUCUUUCGAUAGAAGCAAAGAACAGGAGAAGUUCUUUGCUCAAAACCCAGCCCAGCACUUACACUCCAGAGAGGAGGUUAGGAGAGGCUCAAUUCAUUUCACCAGCAAGAAUACAUUUGCAAAUGUGGUAAGAGGUACUCAGGCAUAUGGUUAUGAUGUUAAUGUUGUUGACGUUGAUGGGUACACUCCGCUCAUGUUAGCAGCGAAGGGAGGUCAUGGGAAUGUUUGUGAACUUCUAAUCUUAAAUGGGGCAAAGUGUGACAUUGAGAAUGCAAGACUUGAGACUGCGCUUGCACUAGCAAGGAAAAACGGUGUGGGAAAUGAAGCAGAACGUGUGAUAUUGGACGAACUUGCGCGAAAGCUUGUGUUGGACAGGGCAUUUGUUAAGAAGCACACAAAGGAAGGGAAAGGAUGUCCCCAUAGGAAAGUGUUGAAGAUGGUAAGGGUUUCUGGGUUUUUGAGUUGGGGGAAAUCAAGCAAGAGAAAUGUGAUAUGUAAGGGGGCUGAGGUGGGUCCCAGUUCGACAUUUUGGUGGAAUCGCCGCAAGAAGUUUGACGGUGGCGAACCGGGAGUGUUUCGGGUGGUUACUACCAAGAACAAGGAGGUACAUUUUGUUUGUGAUGGUGGGAUUGAAAUGGCUAAGUUGUGGGUAAGGGGGAUUGAGCUUGUGACUAGAGAAGCUAUAUUUGGCAAGAAACAAGAUGUGUGAAUGGUGCAUGUUAAUUUUGUUAUUUAAGCCUUUGUAUAGUAAAUAUUUUGUUAAACAAUCCUUUUGUAUUUAUUUUAAUAGCUGAGCUCCUCGACAGGUCGGACCUGGACAUUCAGUCCGAAUAGCCAACGUUUGCCACGUUGGCACUUUUUCUUGUGAAUUAGUAGUUUAGAUUCUUCAUUUA